GAGCCACCCAGGAGUCCCUUAUUCUCCUCAUUCUAUACACGAGGAAAUUCAAGUACUGGGAGCCGAAUUUCCUGGCGCAGGGUCCCUAAGCCCGCGCCCAGGUGGGAUUAGCCAGCAAACUGCAGAGGUAGGAUUCCAACUCUCAAGCCAUCGGCAAAGGAAGGCAUUUCAGUUGCGGCUGAGGCUAGUUUCAACCCACUACUGUAAGCGCGCAUGCGCAGGUAGACAGCUCGCGCAUGCGCAUAGAGACAGCAGGGCCUCCAGCCGCCAGGGGGAGCGCGCGGCGUUCCUGCCUCUCUGGCCCGCUCGACCCGCGGAAGCGAGAUAGCCCAGAGUUCCGCGGGGCGACAGCCCUUCCGCCGCGGGAGCCAUUGAGGAGCAGCAGUCAUGGCUCUGCGCUACCCUAUGGCCGUGGGCCUCAACAAGGGGCACAAGGUGACUAAGAACGUGAGCAAGCCGAGGCACAGCCGCCGCCGCGGGCGCCUCACCAAGCACACCAAGUUCGUGCGGGACAUGAUCCGAGAGGUGUGCGGCUUCGCCCCCUACGAGCGGCGGGCCAUGGAGCUGCUCAAGGUCUCCAAGGACAAGCGCGCCCUCAAGUUCAUCAAGAAAAGGGUGGGGACACACAUCCGCGCCAAGAGGAAGAGAGAGGAGCUGAGCAACGUCCUGGCCGCCAUGAGGAAAGCGGCAGCCAAGAAGGACUGAA